AUCGCUUUAGUUCCAUCUCUCAACACGUGAAACGCGUUUUGAAUUUACCUCUUGUGUUUUUAAUGCUGCAAUGGGCUUAACUAAACAAUAUUUGGCCUACCGGGCUAUAGACAGCUUCAAUAUCAUCACCUCCGGGCGUGCCAAUGUGAACUUUGCCGUUGUGGACAAGACGGAGGGCCGAUAUGUGGCCGCUCCAGCAGCUGAGAAUGUGAUCGUGUGGGAUUUAAGAAUGGGCGAUCGCAAGCUGACGCUGCGCCGCGAGAAGUUCGAGGUCACCUGCCUGAGGGUCUCGCCAGAUCACCUGCACAUCGCCGUGGGCUACGCUGAUGGUAUGGUGCAGAUCUAUGAUCUCAGCUCGGACAGGUACUACGAACCCAUCUGCACGCUGGCGCUGCACAAGAACGCGGUGAGCAUCCUGCGUUACGACCUGCAGGGCAUGCGGCUGGUCAGCGGAGGUUUGGACACCGAACUGGUCGUCGUCGAUGUGGUGGAGCAGGCGGGAAGGGCCCGUUUGAGCGGCCAUAAUGCCGCCAUCACGGAUGCCCAUUUCCUGCAACGAGUGGUAGACGACAGCAUCGUGGUCAGCUGCUCGAAGGACACGCAGAUCAAGUUCUGGAACCUGGAGACGCAUUUCUGCUUCAAGACCAUUGUGGACAACCGCACCGAGGUCUGGGCACUGGCCUUUAUUGGGGAUCUGAUGGUCGCCGGAGCUGGUGAGAGCGGCAUGAAUGUUUACCGUCUGAGGAAGCACGAAGGCGCCAUCACAGAGACUCUGGAGUCCGCCGUUGAAGGGCUUUCCAUUGACGACGAGGACACCAUUAGUCCCAUCAGUGUGAGCAACUGCGGCACCAUCCAGCGGGCUGGAAAGGGUCGCACCGUUAACCUAGUCACCGAUCCCAGUGAACGAGUGCUUAGUUGCCACGGCACCAACGAUCUAAUCGAAAACUUUUAUAUCUGCACGCCAGAGGAGGUAAAGAAACGCCUGGCGAAGCGGCUGAAGAAGGAGAAAAAGGCCGCCGAGGAUGAUGGCUCCGAAGAGGCCAAGUUGUCCACUGAACAGUCCCUAAGCGAUGAAAUCAAGCGACUAGAGAGCAUCCGCGCCAAGCAAAAGAUCAAGUCCAUCGAUGUCGUCUUAGGGCUGAACCAAGAGCUUCGUGUUCUGGUCAGUUUGGCCAACAACAGCCUGGCGUUGUACUCACUGGAGGCGUCCAUCAAGACACGCAAGGCAGCCGAUCCCAGUGUUAAACUGCUGAGGUCACUUACUCGCUUAGGGCACCAGUCCGAGGUGCGAUCCGUGUGCUUCAGCAACGAUUCACUGGCCGUUGGUUCGGGCGCAGGGGAAUCCUUUAAGUUCUGGGAUCGUGAUGCCAUGCAGUGCCUGCGCACUGUGCCAACGGAUUACAUCCUCUGCUCGAAAUUUGUCCCUGGCGAUCACUACGCUCUUCUGGGCAUGAAGAGUGGCAAACUUCUCAUAGUGGACGUGGCAGCGGCUGACAUUGUGGAGGAGAUUCCCGCCCACGAAAGCGAGCUGUGGUCCAUCGCCAUACUGCCCGAUCAGAAGGGAUGUGUCACUGGCAGCGGCGAUACCACGCUGAAGAUCUGGACAUUCGAACUGAUUGAUGCCGGUGAAGGUGAAGCCCAGACCAAGGUGCUGUCCCUGCUGCACAAAAACACUCUGAAGCUGGAGGAGACCGUGCUCUGUGUGGGCGUCAGUCCGGACAUGAAGUACCUGGCUGUGGGUUUGCUGGAUGCCACCGUCAAGAUCUUCUUCCUGGACACCUUUAAGUUCUACCUUUCUCUGUAUGGCCACAAGUUACCUGUGCUCUGCCUGGACAUCUCCUAUGACUCCAAUCUUAUCGUGACAGGAUCGGCAGAUCGUAACGUGAAGGUAUGGGGCUUGAACUUUGGAGACUGCCAUCGUUCUAUCUUUGCCCACGAUGAUUCAGUGAUGAGUGUGCAGUUCAUACCCAAAACUCACAUGUUCUUCACGUGCGGAAAGGAUGGCAAGGUGAAGCAGUGGGACGGCGACAACUUCGAGAAGAUUCUAACCUUGCCUGGACACAUAGGAGAGGCGUACUGUCUGUCAGUAUCUCCAAACGGCCGAUAUCUGGUCACCUGCGGCUCGGAUAGAACUCUAAGAAUGUACGAGCGCACAGACGAGACCAUUGUGCUAAAGGAUGUGCAGGAGGAGGAGCGGGAGCAACUGGAGAACGAGCAAUUGGCCACGGGAGAGGACAACACAGUUCCCCUGCUUCCUGGGCUCAAGAUGCCUUCCCGCAAGACAGUGGGUUCCGAGCAGUCUGCGGAAUCCAUUCUCGAAUGCCUGGAAAUAUCCAAGCAGUUCGAGUUGGAGGCGGAGGAGAAGCCAGAAUUGCAUCCUUUGAUGCAGGCUCUGCAGGUGAAGAACCCCGUGGACUUCCUGGUCAGCACCUUUAUGCGGAUACGAGCCUCCGAUCUGGAGGAGGCCCUACUUCUGCUGCCCUUCUCUACUGUGUGCGAAGUCCUCGAGCGCCUGCCCACUCUGCUGACGCAGCGACCUGAUCAAUUGGAGCUGCUCUGCCGCGUCACCAUCUUCCUUUUCAAGGUGCACAUGAAGCCCAUCUCGGCGGCGAAGAACAUGAAGCCUUUGCUGGUCAAGCUCCUUUCGAUGCUCAAACGAGACGUUGGCCAGCUGCGAGAUGUCUUGGGGUGGAAUCUGCAUGGUCUGGCACUGCUCCAAACCGAAGUGGAGCAACGGGAAGGUGUACAGCUCUUCCGAGAGGCCACUCAGGCGCGCAAGAAGCGGGAUAAGAAGCGGAGAGAGGCCAGCAAACGGAGGCUGCAGAUCCAAAUGGUUUGAGACGAAAUCCCCUAGACUUAGUUGUACAAAUCCAAUUAAACACUGUUAGUUAUUCUA